CCCGAUCGAUUCGCUCCGCCGAUGGAUUAGCCGGGUCUGGAAACAUGGCCUCCUCUGAGCAGGCAGAGCAACCUGGGCAGACUAGCCCUUCUCCUGGAACCGAGAACGGGGUGUCCCGCGACGCUCUGAUUGCAACCGCAGUGAAGUUUCUACAGAACUCCCGGGUCCGCCAAAGCCCCCUUGCAACCAGAAGAGCAUUUCUUAAGAAAAAAGGGCUGACGGAUGAUGAAAUUGAAGUCGCAUUCCAGCAGUCCGGCACUGCCAAAGAGGAGCCCCAGCCCCAGAGCCUUUCUUCCCAGUUGGUACCGACUCAGCCCCCUCACCUUGCACCAUACAGUCCGCCGAGCUCCAGAUGGCGGGAUUACGGCGCUCUAGCCAUUAUCAUGGCUGGCAUUGCGUUUGGCUUCCACCAACUCUACAAGAAAUACCUCCUCCCUCUGAUCAUGGGAAGCAAGGAAGAUAGGAAGCAACUUCACAGGAUCGAGUCGAACAUUUCCGAAAUGAGCGGCAGCGUGACGCAGACAGUGACUCAGCUUCAGACAACUUUAGCGUCCGUCCAAGAACUUCUUCUCCAGCAGCAGCAGAAAAUUCAGGAACUCACCCAAGAAUUGGCAGCAUCUAAGGCCACGACAUCUACUAAUUGGAUCCUGGAGUCUCAGAAUAUCAACGAGUUGAAGUCGGAGAUCUACUCACUAAAAGGACUUCUCCUAAACCGGAGGCAGUUCCCUCCCUCGCCCUCAGCCCCCAAAAUCCCCUCCUGGCAAAUCCCAGUCAAGCCCUCCUCCCCAUCUAACCCAGUCACCAAUAACCACAGCACCAGCAGCGACAUCUCUCCAGUCAGCAACGAGUCCAACUCCUCCUCGCCCGUUAAGGAGAACCACAGCCUGGAAGGGUCGAAGGUCAACUGCCACCUGCUAGGCACCGAGGAAGUGGCCGAGGCGGUGAUCGACGUCAAGGGUCAGGUGCGGAUGGAGGUGCAAGGGGAAGAGGAGGAGGAGGAGGAGGAAGAGGAGGAGGAUGACGAUGAUGAUGUCAGCCACGUGGAUGAAGAGGAGUGCUUGGACGUCCAGACAGAGGACCGACGAGGUGGGGAUGGGCAAAUCAACGAGCAAGUGGAGAAGCUACGGAGGCCCGAGGGGGCCAGCAACGAGAAUGAGAUUGACUAGUGCAGCGGGAUGGUGACUCGUGGCUCCCACCUCCUCUUGGUCGUGCUCCGUUCCAUGGGGGUCUUCCCUGCCCAGUGAUUUCCCCUGUCCCACCCCCCGUGAUUCAUCACGAGUAUCGUGAUCUCCUAAUGAGCCAGCUGGCCACGGAGCAGCCCGCCUCUUGGUGGCUCUCCUUCCCACCUUCGCCGCCCUUUUCACAUCCUAGGUCUAAAGAAGGCUUGGUGGCUACUCAGCCUGCACUACAGUUAGGGGAGUGGGGUCUCCUUGUUAAAGAUGCACAGCCCGCGUCACCCCAGACUUUCUGCCCCUUCCCACCCAUUUCAAGCCUCUCUUCCAUCACCCCCCACCAAAGCCACUAACCAAGCCCAUGUUCCGUCACCAAAAAGCGGCUUUGACCUGAGUGGUCCCACAAACCACUCACCCCCCUCCUUUUCCUGGCUGAUAUUUUGUCUCCAUCAGCCCUCGUUCCCACAUCAGACCUUUCCUCGUCAAACAGCCCAGUCCUGAAGAUGCGGGAAUCCUCUCCUUUAUCACCACCACUUUAUCUCUUCUCCCCUGUUCCUGUGUUCCAGGGGCAAAGGAAAGCAUGCUGUGUAGCUUGUUUGAUGACAACUCUGGGAGCCACGUGGAGGAUUCUUGGGGCCAGGCCUCCUUAAGGAAUGUCUGGUCAGCUCCCUUCCAGGACCCCUGUAUUAUCUUUUAUUACCUUUUCUCAUUUCUUCCUACCCCCAUUCUCUGUCUGCCUCCCCAGUCCUUCCAGCAGCCUGAAACUUCUGUUUCUAGCAAGGGAGGAGGGGGGAACCUGGCAGCCCCAGCUGUUCCUCAAGGUGGGGGACGUAUCAUUGAUUUGGGUUCUGGUCCCAGUUGCUAACCCUAUGGUUUGACCCGGCUGGGCAAGAAAACUCAACCGAACGCUUCUUUGCUUACCCUUUCUCCUCUGUCCCCGGUAGGGACCUGCAGUGUGGCCACUGGACAGUGGUGGCUCAGUUCUUGGUGCUGAUGACAGGACUUUGGGGUUCAUCAAAUGAACAGGAGAAACGCCCACUGCACAAGGCCCGUUUUUCCAGGGACCAGGCAGUGUAUCUCAAACAAAAUUUUAUUGUGGAGACCUAUUUCUCAAACCUCUCUCCCCUUCCCCUGUUAAUUCCCACUCACUUCCCCCCACUUUUGCCUUACGGGGUAAAGAAAAUGACAACUGAGCACGGGUUUGGGGAAGCUCUUUUUUCACAGCAUUGUCUUCGCGGCCGAUCCAAAUAGCGGUGUCUGAUUUCUGUUCACUUCAUGAGAAAAGAGCCUCGAUUCCUGCAACAUCUCAAGUCUCACGUCUCCUUGCCUUCACCGAGAGGAAAGCAGAAACGUGCUCGUUCAUGUGAUCAUGUAUAGAAUUCAAAUAUAAAAUAUGAUUGUAUAUAAUUGUAAUAAAUAUGAGUUACCACUA